AUGUCGCGGCCCCUCUCCCUCUUCAGCGUGUCGGCCAUCCUGAUCCUCGCCAUUGACGAUGGCUCGCGCAUCCUCACAAAGUACUACUCGAACCCGCACCCGCCCCAGGGCCAGACCGACUACCCCGGCCAGAUAGCCUACAAGACGGUCAAGGACCAGAAGUCGUUCGAAAAGGGCCUGCUCGAGAAGACGGCCAAGCAGACUACCGACAUCAUCCUCUAUGACCAGAAAGUCAUCGUCUUCAAGAUGGAGUCGGACGUCAUGCUCUACGUCGUCGGCGGCGCAGAGGAAAACGAGGUGCUUCUGUACAGUGUUGUGCUUGCGUUACGAGACUCGCUCAACAUCCUCCUCAAAAACUCGGUCGACAAGCGCACCGUAAUCGAGAACUACGACCUCGUGUCUCUUGCCGUCGACGAAUUGGUGGACGAUGGUAUCAUCCUCGAGACUGACCCCGUCACUGUGGCCUCCCGCGUGAGCAGGCCCCCUGCGCAAGACAUGACAUCAAUGAAGAACCUCGAUCUCUCUGAGCAAGGUUUCCUGAACGCGUGGGAGUUUGGAAAGAGACAGCUGGCGGAGCGGAUAAGACAGGGCUUGUGA